AUGCAGAUACAAAUCCAAAAGGGCAAUCCAAAGAGACGUGGUCGAGGCAGGCAGAGAGUCAAGGAACCAAGAGAUCAGGCCAAACAAGAAGGGGAGGACAACCAGAAAGAGGGACAGUUUGAGACGGUGGACUCCACCCUUCCAUCUGCUAGCCAGGCUGGUCUGACACUGGAACCAGUGGCCUAUCACUCCCCAAACCAGCGUUACCUCUAUAUCGACACACCGAUGUUUGGCCGCAGCCUCUUGGUGGGGAAAUAUGCCAACAUCCACGUGUACUCAGCCACGCCCUCCUACCUGCGCAUCAAAUACCUCAACUACCUGGUGCUCUCCAAAGGGAAGGUGGUGUAUUUCAAAAGUGUGGACUUUGUCUCCAGCGCUGAUGACAAACAGACGCUGAACUUCCUGGUGAUGACCUCCAUGGUGCCAUCCAUCCGGCUGCUGGUCUACUACGUCCUGCAUGGAGAGGGAACCACCGAGCUGGUGGCCGACUCUGUCUGGAUGGAUGUCAAAGACAACUGUGUUAACGGACUCCAGGUUGGUGUCUCUGUUGGACAACAACAAACCUUCAGACCAAAGAAAAAUAUUAACCUGGAUGUCAGAACCAAUCAGGACGGCCUGGUAGCCCUGUCUGCAGUUGACUCUGCCCUUUUCACCCUCCGGCCCAACUACAGAGACCCUGUUACUAUGGUCCUGCGUCACAUCGAGCACAGCGAUCAGGGCUGUGGAGGAGGGGGGGGCAAAGACAAUGCAGACGUCUUCCGAUUGGCUGGCCUCACCUUCAUGACCAACACCAAUGCCAAUCCUUCAUCCAACAGUGAGCCGUGUACAGCUGCUGUACGUUCUAAACGAGCUCUGACUUCAGAGGAAAAAGUAGCUAAAGCCAGAGCUUACGGCCCGUUUAAGGUGUGCUGUGAAAGGGGCAUGAAGCACAUCCCAAAAGUCAUGACCUGCCAGCAGCUAGCCGAGCAGAGCGUCAGGAAACCCAAAAACGAGCUGUGCAUCCGAGCCUUCAGGGAGUGCUGCGAGUACAUUCAGAAGAGCAUUGCCACGGAGGACACACUUAUGCUGGGACGAACAGUGGUGGAUGCAGACUUUGACCGGUCUCUGAUCCGGAGCUACUUUCCAGAGAGCUGGUUGUGGGAGGUUCAGCGCACCAGGUCCCACCAGCUGCUCGUCACAAAACCUCUUCCAGACUCUCUGACAACCUGGCAGAUUAAAACUGUCGGCAUGUUCCAGGACGGGAUGUGUGUUGCAGAUCCUGUGACGGUGUCGGUCAGUCUACCGCUUAGUGUCGACAUCCCGCUGCCCUAUCAGGUGGUCCGAGGAGAACAGCUGGAGCUGCAGGGCUCUGUGUACAACCAGGAGAUCGACAGCAUCACAUAUUGUGUGACGCUGACAGCCGGGCCGGAACUCUGCCUGCUGCAAUCCCAGCUGGCCACCGGAGGGGCGGGGCUUCACUCCACGGCCUGCACCUGGAGCCGCCUUUCUGCAGGUGGGGUGGGCCAAGUGAGCUUCACUGUUUUGGGCCUGGAGCCUGGAGAACACACUCUGACGUUCACCCUGAAGACCCAGACCGGACCUGUGGACGUUGUGAAGAAGACGCUGCGUGUGGUGCCUGAAGGAGUGAGACAGGAGGUGAAUUCUGGAGGGACACUGGACCCGCAGGGACUCUAUGGCUCGGAGAAGAGACGGGUGGUUCUGAAGAACAGCCUGCCUGAAAACGUGGUGCCCGACUCGGUGGUGGAGAGACUGCUGACCAUCAACGGGGAGCUUCCAGUGGAAAUUGUGAGAGUGAUCCUUAAACCUGAAACCAUCAAAGAACUUGUCAAUCUGCCACCUGGGUCAGCAACGGUGGAGCUGGACAGGCUCCUCCCCAUCAUCCAGGUGUUUCGCUACAUGGAGACGACAAGCAGCUGGAACAUUCUGGGAGAAAACAUCGAGAAGAACGCAGGAGACCUCAGACAACGAAUCAAAGAAGGUCAGGUGGCCCUCAGCUCCUUCAGGAACGGGGACUCCAGCUACAGCGCGUGGAUCAAGGGCGACCCGAGCACGAUAGUCACGGCUGAGGUGGUCCGGGCUCUGGCGCUGGCCGACCCCUUCGUCUCCACGAGCCAUCAGUUGCUCUCGGAUUCUGUCAGCUGGUUGAUCCGCAGAACUCAGCAGGCGGACGGAUCGUUCAGCGAGAACUCCUCCUUCAAACGCAACAAGUUCAUGGUGGAGGGAGGAGAUAAGGAGGAGCAGUCAGUAUUUGUGACGUCCAUUGUGCUGAUGGCUCUGUGCCAGGUAUCGAGCAUCAAAGACCCCAUUCUGCAGCUCCAGUCACACGACAUCAGCAUGAACUCUGCAGCAAACUACAUUUCCCAGCAUGCCCUGAAGGUGCAGAGUGUGUACGUGCAGGCGGUGGCGACCUACGCCCUGACGCUGCAUGACCCCAGCAGCAUGGGAGCCUCUCAACUGCUCGGCAACCUGGAGACACUCGCCCGGCAGAAAGGUAACCCGGUCACGCUCCGGUACUGGCAGGAGUCCAGCGUGACAGCUGAUUGGCUGAAGCCGGACCAAAGCAGUGGUCUGACGGUGGAGACGACGGCGUACGUCCUGCUCGCCGUGCUGCUCAAGGGGAGGAUCCACUACGCCAACCCCAUCCUCACCUGGCUGUCUCAGGACCAGCACUACGGAGAAGGUUUUUACUCCAUGAAGGACACGGUUUUGACUCUGGAGGCGCUGACGGAGUACAGGAAGGUCACGCCUCGAGCCGUCCUCAGUCAGGACAUCAACAUCCGCUACAACAGGAAAGGAGCGCUGGGACAGGUCCAGCUGAGCCAGAGUCGACCUGUGGCCACGCCCAUCCAGGUCACAAAGGGCGAUGACAUCAUAGUGUCCACAGGUUAUGGGAGGGGCGUGUCCAGUGUGAAGGUUCCCUCAGACAUCUUCCUGUGCGUCAGUUUUCGGGUCAGAACCAGGUUCAAGGUGAUCGGAGCCACAAAGUCCCUGUUAAGUGUCACAGAGCCACAGGAUAGAGGCAGCCUGUGCGUCAAACAGUUCUCUGAUCAGCAGCCGAGGCUGCAGCGCCUCUGUGUGGCUGAAAAGUGUCAGUGCAUGACAGCUGCGUGCGCCUCCUACAGAGGAAACAUGGACAACACGCUGACAGCAGAAAAACGGACGGAGGAAACCUGCAAACCUCACAUCAAAUACGCCUACAAGGUGACGGUCAAGUCCUCAGCAGCAGAAGGAGACUUUAUGACCUACAGGGCCACCGUAGAUGAAGUCCUGAAGAACAGUCAAGAGUUUGAAGCAGUGAGUUCAGGCACUGAGGUGGACCUGGUAAAGAAGGCCACCUGCAGCGGGGUGGACCUCCAGAACAACAAACAGUACCUGGUGAUGGGUUCCCGGGGGUCAGAGGUCAACCACAACAACCUCCUGAAGUAUCGUGUUCCUCUGGACUCCGAGACUCUGGUGGAGCUCCUGCAGACCGAGUGUAGUUCUCCGGAGUGUCAGGACUACAUCUCCCAGCACAAACUUUGCUCUGGACCUGCAGCUGUUUGGCUGCACCUGAAUGAUGGAAGAUCAGUCUGUUUUAUUAGUUUAAAUGUAAAUGAACGAUAUUUGACAAUAAAAAUCCAAUAA